AUGAGAAUGUCAUACAAUUGCAAGCUAGUGUUAUUGAGUAUAGCAGUAAUAGAUUAUUAUAACUUAUACAAAGAUGGAAAGACGAUUGGUUCAUAUUCCAUAGAUCUAGAUACAGUACAAAUCGGUGAUAAGCUUGGUAUAACAAAAGCGUCAGACAGUACCCUACACUUUUACCUGAAUGGUAUCGACCAUGGAAAAGCUUUUUCUAAUUUACCCGAAGUUGUUUAUGGUGUCGUUGACCUUUACGGACAAUGUUGCCAAGUUUCUAUCAUUAACAAAGAGUCUGCUACAGUAGCUGGAGCACAGGUGGCAAUCAAGAAAUCAUCUAAUUGCAGCGGGAGACCAGCAGAAUGGAAUGUGCAAACAGUUUGUGAGUUCAUAGAGUCAAUACCUAACUGUGCGCCGUAUGUUGAGAAAUUCAGAUCAGAACAGGUCAAUGGGGCUGCCUUAUUAGAACUCGACAAAAAGGAUCUAAAAGAAUUUUUCGAGAUGCCUUUAGGAUUAGCCGUCAACGUUUGUUCGCAUUUGAAGAAGUAUGAAGAAAAAAAUAAAUGAGACACCUUUACGCAUUCGUUAUUUGUACAUACAAAUGUUGUAGAUUUGUAUCAUAGUUUAUCUUGUUUAAAAACACUGUGUGUUUCAUUCGUUU